UUUUUAUUUUUCAUCCUCGCAUCGCAGUGUUAUUGUGUGGCAACACUCAGUCAGUUGAAAUAUCGUGAAAAGCUUGGCCCAGUAAAGCUAAAUACAAGUCCCAAGAUGCGUCACUUGGCUGCAUACCUGCUUGCUGCUCUCAAUGCUGAUGGCAACACACCAUCCAUAGAUGCCAUCAAGAGCAUUCUUGGCAGUGUUGGAGUUGAGGCUGAUGAAAAACAACUGGAGGUUCUUGUGAAGAGAUUUGCUGGUGUCAAUAUUGACAAUGUGACCAGAGAAGGCAUGACAAUGUUGGCAUCAAUGCCCAGUGCUGGUGGUGCUGUUGCUGCAGCUGCUGCUGGAGGUGCUGCUGCUGCUGGUGGCGACGCCGCGCCUGCUGGUGGCCAGGCUGCAGCCUCCAAGAAGGAAGAGAAGAAGGAGGAGCCUGAAGAAGAAUCUGAUGACGACAUGGGCUUCGGUCUUUUCGAUUAAAUAUGGCCGUGCGCUUACGUGGA